UAUCGUGGAAUCCGACUUAGCUAUACGGACAAGGUAGUAUAGAGGGGCUUGUCCUUGGCCAACCAAUUGACCAACCAAUUGAAACUUGAUCCAAGCACUCGGUAUCUUAUUGGCCGGAUCUGUCAUUUACUACAGCAUGUGGCGUCUCAUCCCUAGAUCCGUUCCUUUCAUGUCCCCUGGUCAACCUUGUACAAAAGGAAAGAAAAAAAAGCAAAAUGGCGGAAACCGAACUUCCCAGUCCGCCCUUUGUGCCAAUUUCUGGACUGCCCAAUUUCCGCGACCUCGGAGGUUACCCAGUGGGUGAGUCCAAGGUCGUGCGCCGCGGCUUAGUCUUCCGCUCUUCGGAGCCGUCUAAGGUCACCGACGACGGCGUAUCGAAGCUGCAGGACCUAGGUAUUGCGAAGGUGUUUGACCUACGCUCGGCGGUGGAGAUCGAGAAAGGCUUGCGCGACGGCUACGGCUGGAAGAUCAAGGAGUGGGACGGCGCGAGCCGCCAUUUCGUUCCCGUCUUCUUAGACCAGGACUACUCUCCCGAAGCAUUAGCUGUUAGGUACAAGAACUAUUCUUCAGAACACGCAGAGGGUUUUAUAGCAGCGUAUAGCGAUAUACUCGUUGCGGCGGCUUCGCCGAGUAACAGUUACGCGCCAUUCAAGACGAUACUAGAGCAUCUAGCCUCACCUUCAUCCUCCCCGCCGACGCCCUGCCUCAUCCACUGCACAGCCGGUAAAGAUCGUACCGGAGUGAUCUGCGGGCUGAUCUUGAGCUUAUGCGGUGUACCCGAUGAGGUUGUAGCGCAUGAGUAUAGCUUGACGGACUUGGGGCUCAAGUCGCGUCACGAGGAGCUCAUUUCGCAUCUGAUGAGCAACCCGGCGCUACAGGAUCACCCAGUAGCUGCUAGGAGGAUGGUUUCAUCCCAAAAAGAGGCCAUGCUGGGCACAUUGGCCAAGAUCCGUAAUACUUAUGGAUCAGUCGAAAAGUGUGUCGUUGACCUGGGACUACUAUCACCUGACGGGAUUAGGCAGCUACAAAGCAACCUAAUUGUCGAUGUGAACGAGAAAGGGGUAGUGCCAUGGCAGGACCAUGCUAAACUAUUGUUGUAAAUCGCCGCAGUAAUCCCGAAGGCACCGUCGUAUGCAUAGGGCCC